AUGCGAGACCACGCACGGAACACCCACCCAGCCGUACGGCAGGCAAAGCUUCUGAGGUACGUGGUCGGGCCGUGGGCGAGGAGGAAUGCGGCGGCAGCGGCAGCGGCCGCGGCAGCGGCCGCGGCGGCGGCCGGCGCGGUUGGCGAAGGCGUCGACGGUGUCGGAGGAGAUCGACACCCCGGUGUUAACGCCGGCAAAACCGGCGGCGGCGGCAGCGGCAGCAACAACGUCGACCCCAACACCAUGAACGGCGGCACCCCCGACGGGACCAAGAACAACCAAAAACACCCCCCACCUCCCAGGAAUACGAAACGCACCACCACCAACACCAACGCAGUCAUCGUCGUCGACCACCACCGCCGGUUCUUCUGCCAGCUCGAAGUCCUCUGCCAGCCACUGCACCUCUUCCUCUGCGACGCUCGCAUCGGCAACAGCAACAACGGAAGAGUAGGAAGCAGCGGCACGAGAGACCGCUACUCCGACGCCGCCAUCGGCUCGGGGACGGUCGUCAACCGAACGGGGGGGGCAGGAGGAGGGGGCUCCGCGACAUCGAAGGCGGGAUCGGGGUCGGGGGGUCGGCCGCGAGGCGCGGCAAAGGGAACGACAGGCGGUGGCGGCGGCAGCGGAGGAGGGCGUGCCGCGUCGGGCAGAGGAAGGGGGUCUGCAGGCGGGCAUGGCACGGGGGGGCGGGGCUCCAGGAACGGCGGCCCUCGGGCGCGGUGGUGCGAGGUCCGACAAUUCUUAGAGGCCCUGUGCCGGGCGGGCGAGGUCGACGACGAGUGCACCGGAGCCGCCUUGGCCGUGCUCGAGCGAGAGGGCCGCUUCUGCGCUUCUUCAUCGUGCCCCGUUUCGGCUCCGGCUCCGGCACCCUCCUCGCACCACGCCGUGAUGGUGGCAGCAGCAGCCCCGAUAUCGGGGGGGGGGGGGAAGGGAGGGUUUUGGCGGAGCCCCGCCCCCGAGGUUGACGUAAACUUCCGGCGGUUUACGGCUGCGGUUCGGGCGAUUCUUCUCUUCGAAGGCUUCUACCGUGAGGCUCGGCAGGCGUUUGUGGAGGUGGCGGGAAGGGUGGACGGCACUGUUUCCCUCGACAAGCUUCUGGCCCGCUUGUUCCCGCUAGAUCGAAGUGGAACUCGCAGCGGGGCCAGUAGCCGCGGGCAAAAUGACGAAGAGGGUGGUGAUAGCGCAACGGGCUGGCGUGGAGGAGCGGUUCGCGAGACCAUACGCUCGAGGCUCGACGUCGGCAGGAAAGGGGAGACCAAGGUCCGGCUCAGCACGCUCACGGACUGCGUGCUGUCUUCUUCGUUCCAUCCGCUGUAA